UCUCUCUCUCUCUCUCUCCAAUCACCUUUUUUUUUCUUAUUUCAUUGUCUUUGCUUGUUUACAGCUUUUUACUUUGUUAUCUCAUUGAUUUACUAAAACCCCACUUGGAUUGAACAAGUAUACAUCUUUCUUGAUUCAUUUUUCUGAUACCCAUUUGAGUUUUUUGUGGAAAAAGAUUGUUUUUUUAAAGGCAAUGGCAGCUCCUCCUAAACCUGAAGAAAUUAGUCAUCCUCCAAUGGACCAGCUUCAGGGUUUGGAGUAUUGUAUAGACUCAAAUCCUGCUUGGGGGGAAGCUAUUGCUUUGGGCUUUCAGCAUUACAUCUUGGCAUUGGGGACUGCUGUUAUGAUUCCUUCAUUUCUUGUUCCUUUGAUGGGUGGAGAUGAUGGUGACAAAGUGAGGGUUGUGCAGACCCUGCUUUUUGUUGAAGGAAUCAAUACACUCCUACAAACUUUAUUUGGAACCCGUUUACCUACUGUAAUUGGAGGGUCAUGGGCUUUUGCGGUACCGAUAAUUUCCAUAAUCCAUGAUUCGUCAUUGACAAGGAUUACUGAUCCUCAUGAAAGAUUCCUUGGUACGAUGAGAGCAAUUCAGGGAGCAUUGAUAGUAGCAUCAAGUGUUCAGAUAAUUUUGGGAUAUAGUCAACUCUGGGCUAUUUGUUCCAGAUUUUUUAGCCCAGUGGGAAUGGUUCCGGUUAUUGCUCUGGCAGGAUUUGGUCUUUUUGACAGGGGUUUCCCACAGGCUGGACAGUGUGUGGAAAUUGGUGUACCAAUGUUCAUUUUAUUUGUGAUCUUCUCUCAGUAUUUAAAAAACUUCCAGUUUAGGCAGUGGCCGGUGAUGGAACGAUUUGCUCUAAUCAUCACAAUCACAGUUAUUUGGGCUUAUGCACACCUCCUGACUGCUAGUGGUGCUUACAGACAUCGCCCAGACGCUACCCAAAGGCAUUGUCGCACCGAUAAAGCAAACCUCAUUUCGACUGCACCAUGGAUAAAAAUCCCAUAUCCACUUCAGUGGGGUGCUCCUACUUUUGAUGCUGGUCAUGCUUUUGGAAUGAUGGCUGCUGUACUUGUCUCCUUGAUUGAGUCAACUGGAGCAUAUAAAGCAGCAUCUCGUUUAGCAAGUGCCACACCACCCCCAGCUCAUGUUCUGAGUCGUGGUAUCGGCUGGCAGGGUAUUGGUAUCCUGUUUAGUGGACUUUUUGGGACUGCUACUGGGUGUACAGUUUCUAUUGAGAAUGUGGGACUUCUUGGAAGCACUCGUGUGGGUAGCCGCAGAGUUAUCCAAAUUUCUGCUGGCUUUAUGAUCUUCUUCUCAAUUUUAGGCAAAUUUGGAGCAUUAUUUGCAUCAAUUCCUUUCCCAAUAUUCGCUGCUGUAUAUUGUGUCUUGUUCGGUCUUGUUGCUUCUGUGGGGUUGUCAUUUCUGCAGUUCACAAACAUGAACUCAAUGAGAAACCUCUUCAUUGCUGGUGUUUCUCUCUUCCUCGGGUUGUCUAUUCCCGAGUACUUCAGGGAAUACACCACUGCUGCAUUUCAUGGUCCUUCUCACACUAAGGCUGGAUGGUUCAAUGAUUUUCUCAACACCAUAUUUCUGUCUUCCCCAACUGUGGCUAUGAUGGUUGCUGUGUUUCUCGACAACACACUGGACUACAAGGACAGUGCCAAAGAUAGGGGAAUGCCAUGGUGGGUGAAGUUCAGGACAUUUAAGGGUGAUAGCAGAAAUGAAGAAUUUUACACCCUCCCUUUUAAUCUCAACCGCUUCUUUCCUCCUUCGUGAUCAUGUUAGCGAUAUAUCUGGACCCAGAAGGAAGGAGGGGAAAGUGAAAUAUGAGAAGAGUUUGAUCUCAGGGUUGAUCCCUAAUGAUAUAUUUGAAUCAAAGAAAAAACUCUAUGUAGGCAGUUGUGAUGAAAUUCUAGGAAGUAGACAUCAGUUGACAUGAAUAUUAUUUAUUCAUUUAUUUGUAGUCAAAAAUGUCAAGGCCUAUUUUGGCAUAAUGAGAAAAUUUUCUUACUC